GGUUUCAUUACAUGCUGACCGUUGACCAGUGCAGUCAACGCGAAUAAAAAAAAACGUGCGUUAUCUGUGGCAUGCGAUUGCGCGGGAAAAGAAUGUGACAUUUCUUUCACAGCUAAUAAAUCGUGAUUCUUAUUUUGUGAUUUAUGUGUUUAGUGUAAUCGUGACAAACGCUUGAAAACCGUGUUAUUACGAAUAUUACAGAAUCAUAUGCGAUUAUAUUAAUUAAAAAAGACAUUAGUGUACUGGAAAAAUCCGUCCGCGUUAUGCUUAGUGCGUAAAAUGAAGGAUAUAGUUCAACUUUGGGGCCGUGUCACGGGAAGACCGUAUUCAGGGAAUACGGAGCGGGAAUUAAGGGAUUUUACAAAUAAUAGAUUGAAAAAUAUCGAGUCAGUGAAUUUUGAAGCGAACUUUUCGGAGUGUGAGGACUUGAAUAAAUACGAUGAGUUGGACUUUAAUGAAAGGAAGGAUGCCAUUAUUAACAGAUUGUUCGAGAGGCGGAAGAAAGGGCGUAUUACACGGCAGCCGAAACGUUUGUUCGUGUUGUUGCUGUUAGGUUUCUUCUGUCUUGGAACUGGAUUAUUUAUUGCUCUGGUACAACCCUACGACAUACUAUUCAGAUGGAAAAUCAAAUUCCAAGAAGGCGGCGAGAUUUUCGAUAUGUGGAGGAAGCCAGAGGUCGAACUAUACACUCGUGUUUACUUGUUUAAUGUCACCAAUGCUGAAGAGUACAUGGCUGGUACAGACGAUAAACUUAGGCUCAAAGAAGUUGGACCAUUUGUAUAUCGGGAACAUCUCGAGCACAGCGAAAUUAAGUUUAACGAUAACGGGACGUUAUCCGCAAUACCGAAACACCCGUUGACCUGGGUUGAGGAACUGUCUGAGGGGAACAAGGAAGACGACAUAUUAUUCCUACCGCAUAUCGCUUUGUUUAGUAUAGCAAACGUGGUCUCCAGCCAAAGUUUCGUGACGCGUUUUGGUUUGAACAAUAUCAUCGGAUUCACUAAUAGCCAGCCACUCGCCCAGAUGACAGCUAAAGAGUUCAUGAUGGGUUACAAGUCUGAGAUCAUGACUUUGGGCCAUACGUUUAUGCCCGGAUGGGUCUAUUUUGAUAAACUCGGCCUUAUUGAUCGGAUGUACGACUUUAAUGGCGAUUUCGAAACCGUAUUCACUGGUGAAACAGAGCUAACACAUUCAGGUCUGAUUGACACCUACCGAGGCUCUACAGACUUGCCGCAAUGGCCUGAGAAACACUGCUCUAACGUGCAAUACGCGUCAGAUGGCACGAAGUUCAAGAGUGCAAUUGGGAAAAAUGAUUCUCUGUUGUUUUAUAGAAAGAGUCUGUGUCGGGCUGCGCCAUUGAUCCCAGUGAAAGAAGGCGAGAAAAAUGGUUUGAAAGGGGUGAUGUAUACAUUUCCCGAGCACAUGAUGGACAAUGGAAAACAUAAUGAGGAAAACAAGUGCUUUUGUCGACACGGUAAAUGUCUACCGGAAGGUUUAUUGGAUGUAUCCGACUGUUACUACGGGUUUCCCAUAGCUUUGUCCUACCCUCACUUUUACAAGGGUGAUGAUGUUUUAUUCACGAAGAUCGAGGGUUUGAAGCCGGAUAAAGAACUGCAUGAAACAAGGUUCUGGAUCCAACCCGACUCCGGUCUUCCGCUCGACGUGAGUGCCAAGUUCCAGAUCAAUAUGCCCUUGGAAGAUAUUAGCGGUAUCAGAAACACUGGCAGAUUCUCCAACAUCUACUUGCCGCUUCUCUGGUUUGAUAUUAGAAUGUUCCGCCUACCAUCGUCAAUGGAGAUGCGCUUCAAAAUGUACCUAAACAUACUUCCGAUAGUCGAAAAAUCAAUAAUGUACCUGAGUUUUAUUUCUGGUACGAUCCUGAUAUUCGUUACCGUCUACAUCCUAACAUUCAAAAUCAUGUUUAAGUCAUACAAACACAAAAAACAUUGGUGUAAUAAAGACAAAAUGAAAGAUAUCUACGUGCCAUGUGAAAUGCCUUUAGAAUCAGAGGAUAAUGAAAAAGAAUCAAAGUCUUUUAUUAAAAUACCCUCGGAUAAGUUAAAAGAAUUAGGACAUAAAAUCAGCGAUAAAGUAGGUACAAGAAUUUUUGAUUCCGAACGCAAAAACUCCCUCAUUGUUCCUGAAUCUUCGGAAGUCAAUGAUGCGUAUAGGAGUGAGAGUGAUGGUAGGGAAAGUGAUUAUGAUAGGCGAGAAAGUGAUGAUAACGUAAGAGGUGAUGGCACUUGUAAAUAUCUAGAAAUAAUUGAUGAUGGAAGUGAUUUUGAUUAUGUUUAUACUGAGAGUGAUCGAGCGAAUACAUUGCGGGAGUUGGAUAAGUGAAAUCGUUGAUCAAUCAUUGAUGUUAGUUACUAAGUCUAAUUGCGUUUUAACUAAACUACUUUGUCUCUUUCUGCAAAAUGUUUAUACUGUGAUGAAGAGGCAGAUGAAUAAUGGAGAUAUUUUUCCUCUCAGAAGAUAAGUUUAAACAGCCCUAUUUUUGUCUUGCCAACUUAAAACCCUUGCCGGUCAAGGGCUGAGUUAAAACUACCCGCUUUCGAUGACAUAAUAUGUCUAGUAUUAUUAGUAAUCUUUUGGGAUAUAUAUAUUUCUUUAUUGUUAUUAACAAAUGUAACAAUUUCUCCUCUAAGAAUUAGUCUAUAUUUACAGCUUUUCGUUUUAUGAGAAAUUAAAAGUUAUUCAUCUUAUUAUUUUUGUGGACGAAAUGUGAUAUCGAUUUCAUUAUUUGCCAUAUGUACUAAGAUGUUGACAAAAAUUUACUACGCCAGCGAGAUUACCAAUGAUUUUUAAUGUUUCUAUAAAAUCUUCUCAACGACCUCACAGUUCAAAGUGUCGUAGUAUAAUGACACAUUUGGUUCUACGAUUUUUUGUGAUACCCGCUUUUUACAUUAAAUCGCUUUGUUUGGUUAUUGUCGACUGCAUCAAUGAUUGAUGUAAGAUAAACUAAUCAUGACAUUGUUAUUCUAAAGCCUACUUAAGAAUUAUCAUUUUGCGUCAGUUUUUUAGGUAGUCCAAGCUCAAUGUUUGCUCACUAUAAAUAAGGUAAUUAGGAAAAUUAAGGCGGCUAAAUUGCUAAACCGUUUAAAAUAAGAUUUAAGACUGGUGUCAGAAUUUCAUUCUUAUUGUACAGUGAGAGACUGGCGAAUAUUUUAUAAUUGAUUAGGUAUUUUUAUUUUAUCAUAUUGUGCUGUUAAGUUCAUGUAACAACAAAAAGUUCUAUACCAAUUUUAAACAAUAAAAUAUUAUUAAAAUUACGCAUACCAUACUUUUUAUUGUUCUAUGGAUUUACUAAGCUUGCCGUUAAUGUAUAAGGUAGGUAAUAUGUGAUAUUUAAAUUAAAUAUUAAAUAACCGAUCUACCUGAGAAUAUAAGUAAAUUAAUUGUAAAUAUAAAUUUAAGGAUUGAAAUUAAAUG